AAGUGUUGGAUUUAAGAAGAAGAAGAACAAAACAUUUAGAAAGCCCGCACUCCAACUCCAUUGCAUCCUGCCGCCAGUUUUUCUCUCCGGCGACCGCCGCAAUUUCUCUCCGACGAGUUGGAGAGGAAGUGAUGCUAAGGUACCCAACGACAGUAAGGACUCUCAGAAAUCUGAUGGAAAAUCAGUCUCAGACUGCUGCCCAGCAGAAGGUGCAUUUUCACUAUAACCACACUGAUUCGUGCAAGUUCUCCAGAUGGACUGCCAGGGAAUGUUACGAGUUCAUGUAUGCAAGGCCGUGGCACAAAGUUGUUGACUUUUAUGCAGACAUGGUGAAAGGCCAUACUUCAUUGUCAGGAUUAUUUAGAAAAGAGACGCCUGCUGACCAUGAAGAUGCUGAAAUUCGAGAGGACUAUGAGAAGUCUGAGUUAGUGAGUUUUCCGGUUAAAGAUAAAAGCGGCAGAUGGGCGAGAGCAAAUUUUAAGAUUGUCCUUUCUUAUCAUGGAGGUUCUUUUGAUGGAUGGCAGAAGCAACCUGACUUGAAUACCGUCCAAGGAUUAGUUGAAAGAUCUCUUGGUGAGUUUGUUGAUGAGAAGAAGGCUCAAUUAUUAAAAGAUAAGAACUUACCAUUAGAAGGAUGCGCUUUAGUUGCUGGACGUACAGACAAGGGCGUUUCAGCCUCUCAACAAGUUUGUUCUUUCUACACUUGGCGAAAGGAUGUUAAGAUUGAAGAUGUAAAAGCUGCACUUGAUAAGGCAGCACCAGGAAAGAUCAGGGUAAUUUCUCUCACCAAGGUAUCCCGGGAAUUUCAUCCCAACUUCUCUGCAAAAUGGAGACACUAUUUGUAUAUAUUCCCUAUUGAUGAUGUAUUAGGCGAAAAGCAAGGGAGUCAAAUCUGGAUCGACGGUUGCUCUGAUGUUCAUCAACAGAAUGAAUGUGGUAAAAGUGCUGUUGACAAAAGAAAUGGAAAUGAAAUCGAUGAUGAAAAUGAUGAGCUGGUGCAUGGAAAUAAACCAACCAAGUUUGAAGUAAGCAAGGUUAACCAGCUUUUAGGUCAGCUUGAAGGAAAGCUUUUAUCUUACAAAAUGUUUGCACGAGAUACUAAAGCUUCAAGGAACAUAGGUCCACCAACAGAGUGUUUUGUCUUCCAUGCUAGAGCUAUUGAAACUUCAAUACCGUGUACAAAGGACGGCAGUAAUAUGAAGACGAUGUGCAUUGAGUUAGUUGCUAACCGUUUCUUGCGGAAGAUGGUUCGCGUUCUUGUGGCAACUGCAAUUAGAGAAGCAGCUGCUGGAGCCGAUGAUGAUGCCUUGCUGAAGCUGAUGGAUGCCACCUGCAGGCGUGCCACUGCUCCACCUGCUCCACCUGAUGGUCUUUGCCUGGUCGAUGUGGGUUAUACAGAUUAUGAUAGAAGACACUGCCUAAUUCCUUAAAGUGACAAGGCAGACGAAUUGUCAGAUUACAAGCAGUUAUCUUUCUCAAAGGGAAUGAGAUGAGGAGCGCGCUAACAAAUAGCAUCUUUCUUCUUUAUCUAGUCUCCCUUCUGAUUGUAAUGUAGCAGUUUUAGCUUGGAACUUGGGAUAGUUGCAUCAAGCUUCUCAACCAGAACAGAGACCAUCAUUCACUUUAUAUUACAUUUCUGAGUUCCUGUAGUUUAUGCUUUUACACUGUUGUCUCUAUAAGCUGGGUUGAUCUCCACUUCAGUGUUUUGAAUAUCAUUUGAUUUCGUUUCAAUGGUUUGUUUCAUAGUGCAAAAUUAACUGCAAUUUUUA